AUGGCAGCGGAGUGGGAGCCCAGAGAUGUGCAGAAGCGGAUCUCAUUUGGGUCAUGUCAAGAGCGGAAAAUGUUCCCUCUCCACCACGGCCCAGACAGGCUGGGAAUCCAGCUGAUGGCCAUCAGGGGAAACCCUUCACUUGGACCAGGCUGCUACCUAAGUCAAGAGAAAAGCAGCCUCAGAUACUCUUUGGAAAACAAACCACUGAGCAAGAAAGGUUAUGUGAUAGGAGCAAGAACAGCCCAGCGUUUCAUACCAGAGCCACAGACUGUGACUCCCAGCCCAGCAGCGUACCAGUCAUUCUGGAGUAAAGAAAGAAAAUCCCAGCCUGCCUAUGCUCCAUUUUCCAUUAAGACACCACGAUUUCCAGAUAAACCUUCAGAUAAAGAAUUUUUCCCUGGACCUGGAACUUACAAAGUAGACAAGCAAUUACACAAAAAAAUCACUUGGCCGAUGAAGUUUGGGUCUCCAGACUGGUCUUUAAUGCCGAUGCCAGUAAAGAGGAUGGUAAAAAUGGAGGUACAGAAGAUGACCAUAGACAAAGAAUUCAGGAAACAUCAGGACCGACUGGCCUACCUGCGUCUCUACUACAGCUGA